GGCGGCUGCAGCAGUUGCUGCCCUCGUGUCUGCCACCGCCCGUCCAGUCCCUUUUGUGAUUACUCUUCCAGCUGCUGGGAACGGACGGGAAAGAGGAGGAGGCGAGAAACUCUCACCGACCCACAGAGGGAGCAUGACUUCGGCAACGUCACCCAUCAUCUUGAAAUGGGACCCCAAAAGCUUGGAAAUCCGGACUUUAACCGUAGAGAGGCUGUUGGAGCCACUUGUUACACAGGUGACAACCCUUGUCAACACAAGCAACAAAGGCCCAUCUGGUAAAAAGAAAGGAAGGUCUAAGAAAGCCCAUGUGCUAGCUGCAUCGGUCGAGCAAGCCACGCAGAACUUCCUGGAAAAGGGUGAGCAGAUUGCGAAGGAGAGCCAAGAUCUCAAAGAAGAAUUGGUUGCUGCUGUAGAGGAUGUGCGCAAACAAGGCGAGACAAUGAGGAUCGCCUCUUCAGAGUUUGCCGAUGAUCCCUGCUCCUCGGUGAAGCGUGGCACCAUGGUUCGGGCAGCCAGGGCUCUGCUCUCCGCGGUCACACGGCUGCUCAUCCUGGCAGACAUGGCAGAUGUUAUGAGACUCUUAUCUCAUCUGAAAAUUGUGGAGGAGGCUCUGGAAGCUGUCAAAAAUGCUACCAAUGAGCAAGACCUGGCAAACCGCUUUAAGGAGUUUGGAAAAGAGAUGGUGAAACUUAACUAUGUAGCAGCAAGAAGACAACAGGAGCUGAAAGACCCUCACUGUCGGGAUGAGAUGGCGGCGGCCCGUGGGGCUCUCAAGAAGAAUGCCACGAUGCUGUACACGGCUUCCCAAGCGUUUCUCCGCCACCCGGACGUGGCCGCCACCAGAGCCAACCGAGAUUACGUGUUCAAGCAAGUUCAGGAAGCCAUCGCUGGCAUCUCCAACGCCGCUCAGGCUACCUCGCCCACUGACGAAGCCAAAGGCCACACGGGCAUCGGCGAGCUGGCCGCAGCGCUGAAUGAAUUUGACAACAAGAUUAUCCUGGACCCCAUGACGUUCAGCGAGGCCAGGUUCCGGCCGUCCUUGGAGGAGAGGCUGGAGAGCAUCAUCAGCGGCGCGGCGCUGAUGGCCGACUCAUCCUGCACGCGCGACGACCGGCGGGAGCGCAUCGUGGCUGAAUGCAACGCGGUGCGACAGGCGCUGCAGGACCUGCUGAGCGAGUACAUGAACAACACUGGAAGGAAAGAAAAAGGAGAUCCUCUAAACAUUGCGAUUGAUAAGAUGACCAAGAAAACAAGAGAUCUAAGAAGACAGCUUCGAAAAGCUGUGAUGGAUCACAUAUCUGAUUCUUUCUUGGAAACCAACGUUCCUUUGCUGGUUCUCAUUGAAGCUGCCAAGAGUGGGAAUGAAAAGGAAGUGAAGGAAUAUGCCCAGGUUUUCCGUGAACAUGCCAAUAAGCUGGUUGAGGUUGCCAACUUGGCCUGCUCUAUAUCCAACAAUGAAGAAGGGGUGAAAUUGGUCCGGAUGGCAGCCACUCAGAUCGACAGUCUUUGUCCCCAGGUAAUCAAUGCUGCUCUCACACUGGCAGCCCGGCCACAGAGCAAAGUAGCUCAAGAUAACAUGGAUGUCUUCAAAGAUCAGUGGGAAAAGCAGGUGCGUGUUCUCACGGAGGCCGUGGAUGACAUCACCUCAGUGGAUGACUUCCUCUCUGUCUCAGAAAAUCACAUCUUGGAGGAUGUGAACAAGUGUGUAAUAGCCCUCCAAGAGGGGGAUGUGGAUACACUGGACCGGACCGCAGGGGCCAUCAGAGGCCGGGCAGCCCGAGUUAUCCACAUCAUUAAUGCUGAGAUGGAGAACUAUGAAGCUGGGGUUUAUACUGAGAAAGUGCUGGAGGCUACGAAAUUACUCUCUGAGACAGUGAUGCCACGCUUUGCUGAGCAAGUAGAGGUUGCCAUUGAAGCCCUGAGUGCCAAUGUCCCACAGCCGUUUGAGGAGAAUGAAUUCAUCGAUGCUUCUCGCCUGGUCUAUGAUGGUGUUCGGGACAUCAGAAAGGCUGUGCUAAUGAUAAGGACACCAGAAGAGCUAGAGGAUGAUUCUGACUUUGAGCAAGAGGAUUAUGAUGUGCGCAGUCGGACAAGUGUCCAGACAGAGGAUGACCAGCUCAUUGCAGGGCAGAGUGCACGGGCCAUCAUGGCACAGUUGCCGCAGGAGGAGAAGGCAAAAAUCGCUGAGCAGGUGGAGAUCUUCCACCAAGAGAAAAGCAAGCUGGAUGCCGAGGUGGCCAAAUGGGACGACAGCGGCAAUGACAUCAUUGUGUUGGCCAAGCAGAUGUGUAUGAUCAUGAUGGAGAUGACAGACUUCACCAGAGGCAAGGGCCCUUUGAAAAACACAUCUGAUGUCAUUAAUGCUGCCAAGAAAAUUGCUGAAGCAGGUUCUCGAAUGGACAAAUUAGCGCGUGCAGUGGCUGAUCAGUGUCCUGAUUCAGCUUGUAAGCAGGAUUUAUUAGCUUACCUUCAACGAAUUGCCUUGUAUUGCCAUCAACUCAACAUCUGCAGCAAGGUGAAGGCGGAAGUGCAGAAUCUUGGAGGAGAGCUCAUUGUGUCAGGGACAGGAGUUCAGAGCACUUUCACUACCUUUUAUGAGGUAGAUUGUGAUGUCAUAGAUGGGGGCAGGGCUAGUCAACUUACUACCCACCUCCCAACCUGUGCUGAGGGAGCUCCAAUCGGGAGUGGAAGCAGUGAUUCCUCCAUGCUGGACAGCGCCACAUCACUUAUUCAAGCAGCUAAAAACCUGAUGAAUGCUGUAGUUCUCACGGUGAAAGCAUCCUACGUGGCUUCGACCAAAUACCAGAAGGUCUAUGGGACCGCAGCUGUCAACUCACCUGUUGUGUCUUGGAAGAUGAAGGCUCCCGAAAAAAAGCCCCUUGUGAAGAGAGAAAAACCUGAAGAAUUCCAGACCCGUGUUAGACGAGGUUCUCAAAAGAAACACAUUUCUCCUGUACAGGCUUUAAGUGAAUUCAAAGCAAUGGAUUCCUUCUAGGAAUGAUAGGCUUUAACCUGGAAGCAUUUUCUUUCUUUUUCCCUUUCAUUUUCUUUAUAAUUCAAAUUUUGUAUGUAUACCUGCCGACUCGUAUGCCUCAGGCAUGGGGAAAUUAAGGGACCAGUGUCUGUCUGCAUGUAAGAUGAGAUGUGAUCAAUAUUACAGAUCCAUCUGUAGCCCAGGAGGGACCAGGGGAUUUCUGUCCUGAGGUGACACAGAACUGUCCUUUGCAAUAUUCUCAUAUAAUUGGGCAAAGAGUUCGCAUCAGAAUGUUUACGGGAGUGGGUGGGGAUAGGGGGAAAUAAACUUAACUCUACAAAAGCAAAUUCUAAUGCAUGCAAGAAUCAUUAGGUUGGCAGGUAUAUUAAUAAGUGAAAAAUGCAGAAGUGUAAUGGUAGAACAUAAAGUUUGUAUUGCUUCUGUUUCAGUGCAAAAAUGUACUAGCCAAUAUGCUUAAUUGUGUGCCCACAAAUUGAACAACUUAACUUUGAAGCCACUUCCAUGUAUUCAGGGGACUUUUAACAAACGGGAAACUAACCAGUCCAGCCUACAACGAACGCUUCUUGAAUCGCUCUCACUUCUAGUAGUGCCAUCACUCGUGCUCAUGUCAUUGAUUUUCUCUCAUUUUCUGAAACAAACAGUUCUUCUCAACAAUUAAAAUGGUCUCAAUGGCACUGGAAACCCAGUAUGCUUUCCUUUUAUAUUGUUUUCAUUUGGGCUAUGAUUUUGUUAGAAAUAGGAGGUCCAAUGGUGGAAUGUAGAAUGAUGGAAACUGAUACUAUGUGAAGGUUUAGAGGCAAAUACUAGGUGUAGCUUGGAGUGUUGGUGUCUAAUAGACCAUUGUAUCCACUAACUCGAAAUAAAUGCACUUAAUCUUAACCUUGGAAGAAUGUUUUCUUUGUCUAAAUAUACACUGACUUAAUGGAUUAGAAUAUCUACCUGAGAAUUGAUUUAAUCUUUUGAAAAUUUGUUUGGUUGUAGAGUUUGGGGUAAAAUAAAUGAUGCCCAAAGAAUUUUCUUGGUCAUCUUUGGAGUUGA